AAUUUAUCUGUCUUUUACAUAAAGAUGGACACUGCAUGGCCUCCUGCAUCUGUAGAAGCAAUUGAAGAGAUUUCAGAGGGUAUUUCUGUGCUAACGUACAAGCCUCUCAAUGUCGACGAGAUCCUCCGUUCCGUAGGAGAUGAUCGCGCAGGAGCUACAGCUGCUUUCAUUGGAACAACGCGGAACUCAUUCAAAGGCAAGAUCGUCACGCGCUUGGACUACCAAGCUUACAGUAAACUCGCAAUCAAGACGAUGUCGGGUAUAAUCCGUUCAGCACACGAGAAGUAUUCAGAUUCGGCACAUAAAACUGCAGAAAGCCCUGUCAUGUCCAUAAUCCACUGUGCAGUUCAUCAUCGACUUGGUACAGUUCCAGUCGGUGAACCAUCGAUCGUCAUCGCAGUGUCAUCUCCACAUCGCAAGGAGGCGUUCCACGCAUGUGAGUACAUCUUGGAAGAGGUCAAGUUGAAGGCACAGAUAUGGAAGAGGGAGUUCUACGAAGGCGAGAGGGAAGAGGACGCGGAGUGGAAAGCAAAUGUUUCAUGAUAGAUAGGCAGUCAUCGUUGUCGAAAGGGAAAUGAGAUAUGCUUCACUGGAAGCUCAACGGAGCGAUGACUACAACAAUGUCCGCAUGUUCAUUACCAUUAGUAUAUUUAAAUUGUCCCAAGAUGUAGAAUACCCUGUAUGGAGAUCCAUCCUCCGAAAUUCUACCUGCC